AUGAGGGAGUUGGCGCCUGUGCAAGGCGGCGCGCGGCGCCGCGCCUCUCUUGUGCGUUCGUCUGGCUCUCUAGGGCGUCGCGCAUGCAGCCCCAGCGUGGCGGGAGCCGCUUCUCCCUCCUGCCCUGUUCCCCAAGUCGUUGAUGCGCGCACGUGCGGAAGUCUCUCCUCUUCUUCCCCUUACGCUGUUUCUAGCGCACCCGGCAGCUGCCUCGUCGCAAUACCGGCCCGCGUCGUCUCGCGCCGCGCUGGCUCGCAGGUCGUGAGGCGCGUCUCCACGUUCACCUCCUUGCUCCUUCUCGCCUCGUCGGUCUCGCUGGCUCUCUUUUCGUCUGCGCCCUGCCCAAGCUGGCCCCCUACCUCGGCGCCUUCCUCCUGGCACCACCCGCCGGCGCUCGUCUCGGCCCUCGCGUUCAAGGCCUCCCCCGAGGGGCCGUCCGCGGUGCCUGCACACUCGGCAGAAGUGCGGCGCGAGGGCGCAGGGACUGUCGAGGAGGCGCUCGAGGAGAAGUAUGCGCCGCGGAACUGCAAGUUCCGCCCGCUACCGCGGACGCUCAACGAGUUCGCGUACCUGAACUACAACGGCGACAUCACUUUGGGCGACGUUUUCGGCUUGCCGGUCUCUUCGAUUCUCCACGAGCAGCGCAUAUCCUUCUCGGUCGCGGGCUCGAAGGCCGACGCGAGCCGCGCGGGCUCAGGCGGCCCGAGGCGCGCUGUGCUCGCCGUGAGCGUGGAAAUGCAUCGCGACAACGUGACAGAGUUCAACCACCUCGAGCUCUAUAAACGAACAAAAGACGAAAAACCCCAACCCGCGCUCUCCGCCUCCGAGGCCGCGGCCGCCGCAGACGGCGCCGGCGCCAUGCAGGCCGCCCUGCGGAGACAGCAGGCCGUCGCGGUCGGCAGGCGCGUCGAAGGCGCAGGCGGGCCCCGCACCAAAGUCGUGCUGACUACGGCCUUGAACGACGAAGACGGAGACACAGUCUUUGAUUUAGUGAGUCGAAGCAGGUGGCGGGAGGUGUUUAGCUUCCGCGACUCGCUGGGCCGCGCGACCCUCACGGACGGAGAGAGCAACAGCCACUCGCCGCUCCUUCCCUGCUUCCCAGUCCGCCUUGACCUCGCGCUCGUGCCCAUGGACCGCGCGAUAUCGCACAUGCCGAAGAACUGCCCGCUGCAUUCCUCGCUACCGCCGCGCGACCGGGACGUGCUGAAGCUCGGCGAGGAGCCGCUGGUCCUGAACAACCCACCGGAAGUCCCCUUCGUCUUUGUCUACCGAAACGUCGACCCCUGGACGCCCUACACACGCGCCGUGUGGAACAUGAGCAUCGAAGUCCCGCGCAGGCUGCACCGCUUCGUUCGCCUCUUCUUCAGAAUGUCCUUCCCUUUCGUCUCCGGUCCCCUGCAACUCUUGCUCGAGCUCUUUGACGACAAACUCCACCCCGACCCUGCGGCGACGGUGCCCCAGUGCGUCUUGGGCUGCAUGGGAGGAACGCCGACCUUCAACGGCCAGUUAUUCGACCACGCCAUGCCCUCCGGCUUCACAUACAAGAUUUGGAUCAUGGCGGGCGAGCCGCUCUUCCUCGAGCAUCACUCGACGCAGUGCACGGAGUUCGACCUCGAGUACAAGGUCAACUACGAGGCGCGCCUCACGCCGUUCGAAGUUGGGCAGCACUCGUGGAUGUGCAAAUUUGCGCGACUGCCGGGGGAGUUUCACCAAAUCGAAGAGCGCGAGGCGCAGCGCGAAGCGGCCUUCAAGAACUCGCAGAGCCACGUCGGCGCGGUCUACGCGCGCAGCCUCGACCUCAAGGACUGGUUCGGAUUCCCCCCCGACGAAGUCGAUGAGAUGGCCCACUUCAUCAAUCUCCACAUUCACGAGGCGAGCGACAUCCGCGUCUCGCUCUACCAGUCCAACCUGCGCCUGCGGACCUCGCUCACGAGAAGCGGCGCGGACGAGCUCGAAGAACUCUGCAGGGAGCAGCUGCUCGGGGGAAGCGACAGCGGCAUGGUCUUGCUCCACUGCCGCGUCUCCCCGGGCUCUUACCGCAUCGCCUUAUAUGCGGAGUACCCGCUCGGAGGCGUGCCGCCUUGCGACGGGUUCUACAUGCACUUGACAGUCCAGCCCCUCGCGCGCCUCAAUGAGCGUUACGGCUGCCUGAAUCGAGCCUCGUCAAACAAGGCUCAGCUGCCGCCUCUUUUGAUUUCGCCAACUGGGCCGCCGCCGCUCGCCGCACCGCCGGCGUCCGAGGACGUGAUCGACCUGGGGACUCUUGUCGUCACCGAGGAGGAGCAGUUCCGCACUUUCAUCAUGCGCAUGCCGCCUCCGCCAGUGCAGAUGGACAGCGCCUUCCGAACGGUUGCUAAGGGCCGCUUCUCUGUGGCAGCGUCGCUAUCCCAGGUUUACCUGCAUGUGGCGCUGCUUUCUGACUUCGCCGCGGCAGACCUCGCGACGCUGAUUCGCCGCGACGGCGCGAAGUCAGACGACCCUGGAGCGAUUCACGUGCUCGCCUUCUCCCACGACUACCAGCAUCUGGUUGGCCCGCUCGACGCCGGCGACUACACAGUCGAGAUCGUCGCCUUGUCGCCUGCCACAGUGGAUGAAUCCGCAGCAAAGGUCGCGCAGGCGCUUUGCAUUCCGUUCAUCGCCGACAUGCGGCUGCGUUCUCGCGCGGGCGACAGCCUCCACAGCGCCACCUGGCUCUGCUCGCGUCAGACGCCGCACUUGCCCCGAUACAUCCGCGGUGAAGAAGGCAUGGAGGUGACGUUGGACAAGGAGUUUUUGCUGCCUGGGAGCGGGCACCAGCACCUGCACGUCUUCAUCCCGCGCAACUCGAUUCUGAAGCUGCACGUCCACUCCGCACACAGCGGCGAGCCGCGACUCUCUAUCUACCCAAAGGAUCACCCGCAGGACAAGCUGGCGGAGGCCUACACUGACCUCUUCCUCGAGGCGGACGUGGAGGGCGAGUACAUCAUUCGCAUGCAUUUCCCGCUCGGCUCGACGUCGCUGCCGACCUGUCCCACAGUGCGGCUUCAUCUGGUUCUGACUCCCAAAGCUUCAAUUCCGAAGUGCCCAUGGGCGCUGCAAGGGUCGCUCUCGCACGAGGCGCUGAAAACGGCGGCAGAGGCGCACUUGCACUCGACGCUUGACGCUGGCAUCUUCAUUCCAAAACGCAUCGCGCCGCACCAGUUCGAGGUCGCAGCCCCGCGAGACUUUUGGCUGUCUCCUUCGCUGCAUCCGGAGUUUUCGUUCGUUUCAGAUUCCCCAGGGACGAGCGUCCGCGUGGAGGUCGUCCUGCAUCCGCCGUGGCUGCCCGCGCAGCUUCUUCUCUUCAAGAAGGACAACAUGGGCCUGCGUCGCAAGCCCGAGGCCGUGUCGCACGUCAUUCAGAAUCGGCUGUUGCUCUUGACGACAGACGUCGGUCCAGGAGAGUUCCUCCUCCAGCUGAAGAUUUACGACGAAGUGGACGUGCGCACCGAGCACCUGUGCGCCCAUGCCACGAUUCACGCAGAGAUCGGCGACACUGACGAGGCCUCCGUGAACGCGCUGCGAGCCGAGCUCUUGAGUCUCCCGGACUUGAUGCCUAUUGAGCCGCCGCUCUCCUCCUUUAACCGACGCGGCUGGGCGAAUUCGCCGCACGUCUUCGCGACGUCGGUGUUUCAGUUCGAUACGGCGACGCCGACGACAGCGAUCGCAGGCGCGGCGAAGGCGGGGGCGGGGGGCUCGACGCCCUCGCUGCCGGGCGCGGCGAGCGGCCGGGACUUGGUGCUGCUGCCCAACGCACCCGCGACGGCCCUCCAGGUGGACUCGCCGACGGUGCUUCGUAUUGCCUCGGAGCCGGCUGUGCGGUCUCGCGACAAGCUGCUCAUUCGCGUGUUUGCGCGGCGCGACGAGGAGGCGAGCAAGCCCCCUCUCCCCACGCCGACGCUCAGCGGCGCCCCGAACCCGCCUGGGGCGAUACGCCCUGAAGCCGCAUCGGCAGGCGUCGUGGCCAGCCAGGGCGGCGAAGCGGCGGACGCGCUGAACUUCAAACUCGUUGAAGAAGCCGACAGCUCCCUCCUCGCCGUCCUUCAGCCCGGCGCAUACAAAAUCGCCUACCAAGCCGAGGGCCCCUUUCUCGUCACCAUCGGAAUGUCGUCACUGGCGAACCUGCGCGAAGAUCUUCUCUACCACCCGCCGCAGGCGGUCGGCGGAACGGACGCGCUCGACACGCCUUGUCUCGCGCGGCCACCGACCUUGACACUCCCGUCGCCGCUGCCCUUCUACUUCGAAAGCGAGACAUUUGACAUCAAGCUUCAGCCAUCGUUCACGCAGCAAGAGGGCGAGUUGAUGACUGUCCCGUUUCAGCUGACGACGCCGUCCGUGCUGUACGUGGAGGCCGGCUCCAACUUUCUUUUGGAUUUCGUGAAAGUCGGCGUCCGCGUCGAGGAGGGUACUUGGAUCGGCGAGCAGCGCGGCCGCGUGAACUUCCUGCGGCUCAUCCUCGAUCCGGGCGUGCACUACCUCCGCAUCUUGAACGCCCACGCCAACAACUCGUACAAACCUGAACGCGAAAUCAAAUCCGCAAUCGACAACCAGAGAUGCCUUCACUUCUCGCUCAAAAUCAAAGUCGUCGCAGUCAGUUAUGCAGGCCCAGACGCCGACGCGGAAGGCGCAGAGAGCUGCUUCUCCUAUGGCGCCAUGCCUCUGCCUCUCGACCUGCACAGCGCUGAUGGCGGAAGCGCUGCCCUAGGCGGUCCGGUGGACGCGAACGGUCGGCUGCUGCUGCGAAGCAAAAUCGUCCUCACCGACGCGAAUGGCGGCGCGAUGAAACGAGUCGCCUUCGACACGAAAGGGAAGAACUUGGUGAUGAAACUCGGUGUCUUCUCCGAGGAACGCGACCGCACCGUCAUCGUUCAGGUCGAGGACGCCCACUCGCUCCCUGUGGCACCUGUGCACGACUGGACCAUCAACGACGGAGGCUACGAGAAGCUCUUCGAGCUCGACGGCCAAAAACGGAAGUACAACGCGCUCGACGACAGCUCGGUAUUCUUCCUCACUUUCCGCGUCGACCGCUCUGCAGUGGCCGGCGCGGCGCCCUGCGCGGUCUUCGACCUGGUCCUGCAGGUCAUGCCUCUGGAAGACAAGCGCAAGAUGAGUCAGUGCCCAGCGAGCGGCAGUCUCGGUCUGCCGGUCGUCGGCUUCCCCCACUUCUUCCCGCAGGGCGCCGUUCGCGCCGCGACUGAGCGAAGCGCCUCGUUCCACACCGGCCUUCAACAGCACGUGAGCACUCCGCUCACGGCAGUCCGCGAGCCGCAGGACGGAUUCCUUGUCGAGAUCCCUUUCACCCUUGCAGAGGAGUCGUUCAUUCUCACCGAAGUUCACUACAACUUCUUUCUCUCGCACAUCGAAAUUGAUGUCGUCGAGGGCGGUGUUUUCGGUGUUUUUCAGCGCGAAAGCAUCUCGUUCGGCGAACUCGACUUCAUCAACCAGGGCCGGCAUCCGCUCAACACCCGCCAGUGGGUAGCCACCCAACUGGAACCCGGCAACUACGUCUUGCGGAUUGCGGAUGACCACUACGGGAGUCACUUUCCCCGCAUGCCGGGGCAAGGCGAUCCUUGCUUUCCACUGAAAUUCCAGUUUCAGGUCUUCUCGCUCGCAUCGCAUCAUACGCGUCCCACGGUCAUCGGCAUCCACCCUGAUCCUUCGCUGCCGGUUAAGUACGGGCAAGACUUGCUGAUUUUAGUUCGCCUUUCGACGCCGCCGUCGGUGGCUGGGCAGGGCGCAGAGGCGAGUGACACUGCGCGCCGGUCUGCGUACCUUUUCGGGAAGAGCGGCUUCACGCUGCACGCGACGCACUUUGCAAACCUGGACAGUUUUGACGAAGCGUACGAGGAAAGGCUCGACUUUGCAGGUCCCGCACAAGCUGGACAGGUCGGCGGCGUUGUAUGGUCGUUCCUGUUUACGGCUGACAAGCUCCAGCGGCUGGGCAACAGCGCCAAGUUCGUCCUCGAGUUCACCAGCAAACACGGCGGGGAGCCGUAUACGUUCGGCAUCCUGCGUUCCGGUGUACGUACACCCGACGGGACGGACUGGAGCAGCAGUGACGAGGCCGAUUACGUCACCGAGGUCAAUUAUACGUUUCUGUCUCCCGGCGCCCUCCGCGAAAACACGCCCUGGGCCAGCGGAGACCUCGCGCCCUACGCGCUCCCUAAACCGGCGUCCUCUUCGUCUACCUCAGGCGACGUGCGCGCAGAGGCAUCACAGGCGACGCCAAGCGCAAGCGGCCCUGCGGGCGCGGCGUAUAGUCGAGAACAGGAGGCGCCGCGUACCUCAACAAGAUUCGUCAGACAAGAAGACGGAGGCAGCAGGCCGCCCGUCGAGAGCGAAGUGGUCAGAGAGCUGGAGCGCGUGUCGUUGUCGCCUGCGGCCGCGGUCUCGGACUAUCCUUCGCGCGCGCCGCUGAUUCCGCCCAAGAUCUCUCGAGACGCGCUUCUGAUCGAGGACGACGAGGCCUCCGAGGCCCGGAAACCUCCGCGCACGACACCGUGGGACGCAGCCGACGAGGACGGCGACGGGUUCGGGUUCGAUCCCUACAGCCGCUCCGCGCACCCGCUCCCCCCGGGCGCCAGCGACGAGGCGAAGGCGUCUGGGUUCCAUCGCGCAGGCAAACGCCGCAAAGAAGAGGCGCGGCAGGCGCGACGGAAGCGCGCGGGGGAUGACGAGGAGGACGAGGACCUCGGAUGCGACCCCGGCAUGAUCUGGAACGAUGUCACCAACGAGUGCGAAGAUGCUGGAGACGACGAAGGCCCAGCGAUUUUGUUGCUGUUCUUCGUCUCCGCGAUCGGCGUGGUCGGGCUCCUGCUUCUCUCGCGUUACGUGCUGCGGAGGCGCACGAAGAGCGACCCUCGAAGCACAUACCGCAUCGCCAGGGUCGACUCAGCUAACUCUGAUACCUCCGACUUUCUUCCGCGACGAAGUGGGAGUGGAUUCGCGAGCUCGAGCCUGUCCGACGACGAUGAAGUCUAA